CCCAUUUAUUAAAACGAUUUAAUUGGACGACGCAGGGAAAGCCUUUGUCACGCCCACAUGCGACCGGUUGGAGGGGGGUAGUGCGACCAUGUGCGUUUUCGCGUCGGAGCAGUGUAAAUUCACCAAAUGGUCGGAACCAAUUAGGCGGAACUGUUGGCGUGUCCGCAGUUUCCAGCCGGACUGUGAUUGUUGCAAUGGUGUGAUUAAUUGGAGUAAAAUGGCAGCUGUUUUAUCUCCCAGGCCGUGUGAUGAUAGUAACCCCGGGACGCCUGGAGUUCAGUCUCUGAAGGAUGACAUUGAAGAAAAUUCAAGUGAUGGCAGUCAAGCACCAAAGAGAAGACGAAUGGGUUCUGGAGACAGUUCCAGGAGCUGCGACACAUCUAUUAAUGAACUCGGACCUACAUACUUUCCUGCUGAAAAUCUGACAGAGUACAAAUGGCCCCCAGAUGACACUGGAGAGUAUUAUAUGUUACAAGAGCAAGUCAGCGAAUAUUUAGGAGUUACCUCAUUCAAGCGGAAAUAUCCUGACUUGGAAAGAAGAGAUCUAUCCCACAAGGAGAAGCUUUAUCUACGGGAACAAAAUGUCAUCACAGAGACACAGUGUACUUUAGGUCUUACUGCGUUGCGCAGUGAUGAGGUGAUUGAUUUGAUGAUUAAGGAGUACCCAGCUAAACAUGCAGAGUACUCCGUUAUCCUUCAGGAGAAAGAACGACAAAGGAUCACUAAAGAAUAUUCAGUGAGCACCCUGAGUGCGCAGCAAAAUCCUCAAAGGGUUGAAGCCAGCAAAGUCCCAGAGUACAUCAAGAAAGCUGCUAAAAAAGCAGCUGAGUUUAACAGUAAUUUCAAUAGAGAGCGGAUGGAGGAGAGAAGAGCAUAUUUUGAUCUUCAAACACAUAUAAUUCAGGUACCUCAAGGGCGAUACAAAGUCCUCCCACCAGAAAAGACCAAAACAGGACCAUAUCCAGUUGCACUCAUCCCAGGCCAGUUUCAGGAAUACUACAAGAGUUAUUCUCCAAAUGAGCUACGUUACCUUCCCUUGAACACAGCACUGUUUGAGCCCCCACUGGACCCUGAACUGCCUGCCCUGGAUAGUGAUGGAGACUCAGAUGAUGGUGAAGAGGGCAAGGGAGAAGACGGCAAAAAAAACAAAGGCUCCUCUGACAGUUCAUCUGGAAACACCUCAGAUGGAGACAGCCAGGACGGUGGGGUCCAAGCCAAAGGCAAGAACAAGGACCGGGCAGGCACCCAGAGCAAAGACGCCACUCCUCGCCCCAUCCAACACAAAUCUGUCCCUGGGUACAAGCCUAAGGUCAUUCCCAAUGCUAUAUGUGGCAUAUGCCAGAAGGGUAAGGAGGCCAACAGGAAGGGCAAACCAGAGGCACUCAUCCACUGCUCCCAAUGCCAAAACAGUGGUCACCCGUCCUGUCUGGAUAUGAGUGCGGAGCUGGUGGUGCUGAUAAAGACCUACCCGUGGCAGUGCAUGGAGUGCAAGACGUGCACGGUGUGUGAGCAGCCCCACCACGAGGAGGAGAUGAUGUUCUGUGACAAGUGUGACCGUGGCUUCCACACGUUCUGCGUGGGCAUGGACUCCAUUCCUCUGGGCUGCUGGGUGUGUGAUUGCUGCAACAAAGAUUCUUCCUCACCUAAGAAAAAAACACCGUCAAAAACACCUAAAAAAUCCAAAUAGGUUUAUGUGAGCGUAGAUGUCAAUGAGCUGUACUGAUUAUAUGACAAUUUUGAUAAUGGUUUCUAAUUUGUACCAUUGUGGGUUAUGUUUUUUUUUUUAAUUGUUAUUAUUGACUGAGACUAAAUCAGCCACACAAUCAGCCAAUAAUGUUUACUCUGUAGAUUGUUCUGCACAGCUAUUAAGCUAUACUUGUUGUUGUUACUUUUUUUUAUUUACAACUUUAUAAAAUAAACAGCAAAAAUGCCACCCCAAA